UAUCGAUUGCGUGGCGGACUGAAAACACUUUAGCGAAAGUGUAGCGAUUUUAAGGAAACCAGGCUUCACCGAAAGCUGUCGGCAAUAGUGUGUAGCGAUUGUAUGGAAACUUUACUUAAUUAUGAUGUGUAUUAGCACAUGUGACACCGAAGCAGUAUCAGUGCAUUUCAUCGUGUAGAAUCGGGUGUCAGUUGGUUUUCUAGUUGUUAAUGUGACAGACAGGCAUUGUGUUUUGAUAAAUAAAUCUCAUCUUAAAAGUAUUGAAUUGAUGGAAUAACCACAUUUUGAUUUUUUUUUAAUUGGUUAGCCAUCAUUUGUCAACUGUGGAAGUCCAUAUAGUUCACAAGAUGGGGAUUAUCGGUCAAUAAUUUCAACGCAAGAGCAAGUUUGGACAAAUAGUGUUGCUGAACAGACUAAUAAUAGUUGGCGACUGCGUUGACUAGUUCAGAACAUCAAGGCAGUGUUUCUUUAUCUUGGUCGUGUUGGUCGUUGACGGUCUGAGCAUGGUGCAAUCUUUAAUCAGUAGAAUAUACUGUAGUUGCUGAAACCCAUGCUGAGGACCCGUUGCUCAUUACAAACCAGUUGUUGCUGGUUGAUCGAGGUCGGUGUAAAUGAAAUUGUAGAUUUACAGUGCCGCCGUACAUUGCUGAGCAUCGCUGACUACAAUCAUUGAUCUUCUUUGUCGUCGGUGAAAGUAAUGGAAUUGAGAAAAAGUGGUCCGGCCAUAGCCGGUGCGGUCGGUCCUGUGGUUAUCCGUCCUUGAAAGUAUGGCAAGUAAUGGGCUAACCGGAUUAGGUCAUUAGGUACAGACCAAUCAGAAGCAAAUGCUCAUUUUUUGAAGUAUUGUAUUAGUACUGUAAAGCUUCAUACACAGUUUACAUACUACAGAAUUUAUCAGCACUAUCAAAUAAAUGGUUUUCAAUCCAUUGAAAGAAAGUCAUGUUUUGCAAUAUAUUGUUUGUGGUAGACACUGGGAAAAAACCAACUAUUGAAUGUGUAUUUAUUUGUCUUCUGGUACAAAACUGAUGGAAGAGCAGCCAUGAUGAAGCAGUAAAAAUGUAUAUAAACAUUUUUAUUUUACAAGAAUAUAUACUGCACAUUUGCUAAUACCACUAUCCCACAUCAGAAAUGGAGAAUUACAACAAUACCGUGACGACGCCGUUGCCAGAUCCUCUGGUAAUCGACGAUGUUAGUGCCGUGAUUCAGCCUAUUUUUGGGAGCAUCGCAUUUGUUGGCAAUACCUUUACAUUAAUUGUUGCAUUAGCUACGAAGCAAAUACGUAAGAAGCGAAGUAGUUUCCUAAUAAUGGAUCUCGCCGUAAAAGAUGCUAUGAUAGGGGCGUUGUACGUGUUUUAUGGAAUUUGCCUAAGUCAUGAUGUUGUUCUAGGAAAUUUGGAGUUUGUGUACAUUAUUGAAUGUGUGUUGGUGUCCACAUCAGCGCUCGUGAUCAUUUUGAUUGCUAUGGAACGCUAUUUUGCGAUUAUUGCACCCUUUAAGCAUCUUCGGUACGUUACAAAGAGAGCACUGUUCAUCGCAAUAUUUUUAGACUGGUUUAUAAGUACGAGUGUAGUCAUCACACUCAAAUUUACUUUUAAUUUAGAUGUUUUUAUUAAAGUAAAUCUGAUUUCCGUAUGUAUGUUAUUAAGCGUUUCCGUUACAACCGCUUUUAUAUAUCUUGUGAUACUUCUAGCAGUGAGAAGAGAUUCUUUACAGCUUAAACAGUCACGAAAUGUGUCCGAGCGAUAUAUAAGAAAACAAAAUGUUAAUAUAAUAUUCACAUUCUCGUUGGUUGCUGGAAUACUCUUCCUAUGCUAUAUGCCAUAUGCGCUCGCGUAUAUUAUAGUUCAUACUAAAGCGCUUUCAACAACGGAUUCAAAACCAUUAGGCAUGGUUCAAUUUAAGGAUGUGUUAGUCUUCAGACUGUUUAUACCAUUGAAUUCGGCAGUUAAUGUAUUUAUCUAUUGGUUGAGGAUUCCAGAAUUACGGAUGGCUUACAAAAAUGUACUGUGGCUGUGGCGCAUUAAGUCUACUAAGAAUUCUUACACGUCUGUGAAAAUAGGCUUACCAAACCGUAAUUAAGGAAUAAAGUUAAUUAGCCAUCAGCCACCACACUCCCCUAUAUUUGCAGGAAUCAUCAGUGCUAAUUAAUGAAAAAUUACUUUAUUGAAGUCCACCGAAUUCUUUCCAUUUCCCCUUUUUUCAUUCUUAUUUUUCUUUGUCUUUUCCUCCCUUACUUUCUUUUUGAAUAAAUGCGAAAGCCUCCUUACUUUCUUCCCUUCACAUUUAAGCAAUUUUAACAAAAUGUCGAUUCGUUACAUUAUUAUUAAGUACAGUAAUAUUAAUAAAUUUGAAUAGGCCUAUUUUUACGAGGUUUUUUCAUAGUAGGCAACAUAAAAUUAUAAUUAUCUUUUCGUAUUUAUUACAAACAUUGACCUUAUGACAUCCUAUCUCCGCUCGUGAGUA